UCCCGUACAAGCGCUCUCUCUCUCUCUCUCUCUCUCUCUCAGGAAUUGCAGAAAGCAGGAAGCCUAAUCAAUGAUGACCGUCGGAUUCGUGGAGGAAGGGAAGGAGGAGAAGCCACGCACGAGGAAACGCCCUCGCCUCGCGUGGGACGCCGCGCCUACUUCCCAGCAGCCAGAGGCUCCUCGGUCUGAUGCUGCCCUGGCGCGGGUCCCAUCGCCGCCGUGGAGGGACGACGAUCGCGAGGGCCAUUACGUUUUCAACCUUGGAGAGAAUCUCACUCCAAGAUAUAAAAUACUUAGCAAGAUGGGUGAAGGCACGUUUGGCCGUGUUUUGGAAUGCUGGGAUCGUGAAACACGCGAGCUUGUGGCAAUCAAGAUAGUUCGGAGCAUACGGAAAUACCGUGAUGCUGCUAUGAUUGAGAUAGACAUCCUUAAUAAUCUUGCUAACAAUGAUAGAGGUGGUUCGGGAUGUGUGCGGAUACGGAACUGGUUUGAUUACCGAAAUCAUAUAUGUAUUGUGUGUGAGAAGCUUGGACCAAGCUUAUUUGAUUUUCUACGGAGAAAUAAGUACUGCCCAUUUCCUGUGGAUCUUGUCCGGGAGUUUGGACGCCAGCUUUUGGAAUCUGUAGCAUAUAUGCAUGAUUUACACCUAAUUCACACUGACCUCAAGCCAGAAAACAUACUUCUUGUGUCUUCCGAGUAUGUAAAGAUUCCACGCUACAAGAGGAGCUCACAGGAUGAGAUGAACUUCAGGUGCUUGCCGAAGUCUAGUGCCAUAAAGUUGAUUGAUUUUGGCAGUACUGCCUUCGAGAGUCAAGAUCAUAGCUCCAUCGUUUCCACAAGGCAUUACAGAGCACCCGAGGUUAUUUUAGGCUUGGGAUGGACUUACCCUUGUGACAUUUGGAGUGUUGGUUGCAUACUAGUUGAGCUUUGUUCGGGUGAAGCAUUGUUUCAGACGCAUGAGAAUUUGGAGCACUUGGCAAUGAUGGAGGGGGUCUUGGGACCCUUGCCAGAACAUAUGAUUCGAAAAGCCCACCGCUGUGUAGAAAAGUACUUUAGGCGAGGAGUCCGCUUGAAUUGGCCAGAAGGAGCAGUUUCAAGGGAGAGCAUCCGGGCCGUAAAGAAACUCGACCGACUCAAGGAUUUGGUUUUCCGGCAUGUGGAAUGCUCAAGGGCUUCUCUAUCCGAUUUAUUACACGGUCUGUUAAGAUUUGACCCAUCCAAACGUCUCACGGCCCGGCAAGCCUUGGACCAUCCAUUCUUUAGUAGUCCAACGUGAGUGAAACCUGGAGAAUGAAAGAUAGGGACUCGUUGUCGCGGCCUUCGGAGUUUCUUCAGGCCUGAAGGAGUUGGAAUUGCAUUUGUAUCCAUCAUCUGGUUUUGAUCCAGAAGCCCAAGUGUAUUAUGACCCAGACUGGGUACUGCCCCUCCACCCUGUA